AUGCAAAUGAGUCGUAUGAACUCUCCAUCUGUUGGUGACGACGAUGGGGGCGUCGGUCACGCGUUGAGUGACUUUCUCCUGCAACUUGAAAACUACACACCUUCAGUUCCCGACUCUGUUGUUGCUUAUUACUUGAAUAUGUCUGGCUUCGAAUCGCAAGAUCCAAGGCUUAUCCGCCUCAUAGCAUUAGCGGCACAGAAAUUUCUCUCUGAUAUUGCAAAUGAUGCUCUUCAGCACUGCAAAAUGAGGACCUCCAGCCAAAUGUCAAUGAGCAAAAAUCAAAAAGGACCAAAAGAAAAGAAAUAUGUAAUGACAAUGGAAGACUUAGUGCCAGCAUUACAAGAAUAUGGAAUCAUUGCAAAGAAACCACACUAUUUUGUGUGA